AUUUUUUACAAUAUGAAUAUUAAAUAAUAAUACUUUGAUGAUUUUUGUCACUCCUUUCAAUUUAAUCAGCGCUACUAAAGAAAUGUCUUGUAUUUGUUAAUGGUAUCAUCAGUCUGUAAAAAGUUAAUUAAAAUCGGUGCCUUUUAAUUCAGUAAUUUUCGUAGACCGUGGGACCUUUUAAAACGCGGGGCCGGGUUCCGGCGAACGCGCUGAACCUGCCUUGCGCCGGCCCUGCUAACGAUCAAAUGAUCGUUUUUAAAUUUUUAUAUAUAGUUCCUACGUGGAAUAUAUGAAUUAUAUAUAUAAUUGUUUCGUGAAUUAUUUAAUUGAGUUCACGUAAAAUAUAUUUAAAAUAUUUUUUUAUUAUAAUCUAAUAUCUAAUAUCUUUCCUCUUAAUACUAAAUCUACAACUAACGAUCAAACGAUCGUUUUCAAAUUUUUAUAUACAGUUCUGACAUGCAAUGUAUGAAUUAUAUAUAUAAUUGUUUCGUGAAUUAUUUAAUUGAGUCCCAUGUAAAAUAUUUUUAAAAUAUUUUUCUAUUAUAAUCUAAUAUCUAAUAUCUUUCCUCUAAUAUCUUUCCUCUUAAUACUAAACCUACAACUAACGAUCAAACGAUCGUUUUCAAAUUUUGAUAUACAGUUCUGACAUGCAAUGUACGAAUUAUAUAUAUAAUUGUUUCGUGAAUUAUUUAAUUGAGUUCCACGUAAAAUAUAUUUAAAAUAUUUUUACGUGGAAGUCAUAUGCUAUAACAAGUGUAACACAAAGCUGUGAAUUUUAACAUGCAAGAGUAAAUGCAUUAAAAGGUGCAAUAAUCGAUGUAAGACAGAUUAUGUACCCUUAUAAAAUAAAUAAAUCAUAUCAAGUUCCUCUGUCUCUUUUACUUUGAAAAUAUUAAUUCAUUAUCGCACAAUACGUAGAUGUAUAUUUCUUUUACCGUGAACGAGUGAUAGAACGGAAACUUGAAUAAACAGAGGGCUCGUACUUCAAAUUGGAUACAAAUUCGAAAUUCCAUACAAGUGAUCGAUAUCUAAUUUGGUACAGUUGAACGAUUCGUAAUGGCCAUUCCGAGGAUCCUAUUGAGCCAGUUCCGAGUAAUUAUGGCGAAAAAACUAUCGGAUAUUGACACAUAAUUGCUUCAUUUCCGACACGCGAAUUGCUCUGUUGAAAUGUUCCAAGAGCAUGAUAUGGCAGUUCACUGAAACUGUUUCAUUUCAACGAGUACAAACAUGUAUUUUUACUUUGUAGUACAAUUUAAUUAAAAUACAUUUUCUAAAUUGAAUUUUACUUGUGUACACACACUCGUAUCCAUCGUAACCGUCGAAGGAUGUUUGUCAAUGAACAAAGUUUCACGACCAUGAGUCAUGUUAUCAUUUUGUUUGUGGGACACACUAAACUAGGAACAUUUUAAACUUAGGUUCAAGAUCGAAGGAUUCAAGGCGUCAACGGUUUAAAAAUUAACGUUCUUUCUAUAGGACAUGGAUGACAUACUUGUGUAAUCGAAGAAAUUUCAUUGUGGGUCAAGGUAGAACGAUAAAACGAUAAAUAUUAAACGUUCCUAUUCAAUUUUCAAAUAAAUGUUCACGAAUGUGAUAAAUCGAAUUGUAUUUCGUAUUUCAUAAUUUGCUUUUGCAAGCUUUAUAUUCAAGUAAAUGAAUGAAUUUACAAGCUUUACAAGCUUACAAACCUCGCAAAUGAGAUUACAUCUGGAUAAUAGUAGCAAAAUUCGGUGACCUGAAUUUUUAAUACAAAUAACCGACAUAAAAUUUCUUUGACGAAUGAAAUUUGAUAGAAUGUGAAAUAACUUGCUGCUUCGUUAGACUGAGGUAGAAUGGUAAGUAUCGAUCUUUAUUAAUUUAUGGAAUAGUCAUAAAAAUUAUACAUAAAAUAAUAGAUAGACAGCCAAUUAUUUCUUGUAUAUAGUAAAACAUUUUAUUAUUCGCUAUCAUUUUAAUUAGAACUCAUUAAUAGGAAACGUCACAAUACGUUUACAGUACAGCUUUCUUCUAUUGAUGGCAUUUGGAACCGAAUAUUUGAUAAAUUAUUUCUAAAUCCUAUAACGAAUAGAUAAGCUAAUGUAAUUAUUUAAAAUUCUACCACGAAUUACUACGCAAUUGUUUAAGUAUUUCAAAUGAAUUCAGUGAACAAUGUUAACGUGCAAUAGAAGUUAUAUUUAUUCGUAUAGAUCACUUCCGUUAGAUUCAUAAUAUUUACGUCCACUAGCGCACCCUAGUUCCCGUAGCGAAGAACGCGUUACACAAGAUUUGUUCAAGAAUAACCUAUAAGAGAUAUGGCAACGGAACUACACAAAUGUUUGAUUAAUUAUUUCUCACAGUUGAGAAAAGUCGAUUCCAAGUGGAAAGAAUUAUCCGAAGAAGCCAGGCGUCCCCUGGAAGCCUUGAGGAAUCAAUCAGAACAACUCCGACUAGUCACAAGCAAAGAGGUGAACGAUGCAGAUUUCUGCAAGAGAACGGAGCUGUACGAAAGAUUAAUAUAUAAAAUCAUGAUGGGGAUCGACAACGAAAUUGUACUCAUGUCGGAUAUCUCGACGCGUUUCAAUAAUGUCACUCAAGAUCUAAACAACCGUUUGAAAAAUGUGGAAGAUGCUCGAAGUAAGGUUUCUAUAAAAGACGAUACAAUGAAAGAACUAGUCGAUGGUACUACUGAGAGACCGAAACUGAAUUUGCUGUUGGAGUGGACUAUCGAUUCUUUUAAUUAUUAUAAUGAACUAUAUCUCGAAUUAAAGAGAAAUUUGAAACAAUUUGAUUAUAAAUGCGAGGAAACGAUAGAAAAUCUAACCAAGUCUUUUGUUGAGGACAGAUACAAGAGAGCACGGAUCGAUCGAAUAUUCGCCUUCACGCAGUUCUUAGUCAAGGAGACUGUUCGUUGAGAAAUUUUACGUGUUAAUUCUGAAUAAUGUAAACUUUUUGCGAAAGAAAUUGAAAGGACUGUCUACGAAAAUAUAUUAAAUGAAAAUCAUUAUAA